AUGAGAACCCCCAACAAGAGUUUAGAUCGUGAUAAUCCUGAACUUGGUUGUAAAUCAAAAGGGAAGGUAGAAAUUGAUCCCACCAAAAAUAAAAUAGCAGCUUUAAGAGUAGGCAGAGAAAGUGUUUAUCAACUUCAAUACCAGAAUGGGUGGAAAGAAAGAGAUGAAGAAGAUGAUUGGAGGUGA